AUGCCAGUCGACGCCGGUGUCCACGACCGAGGCACGUAUUUCAGCAACUACAGCAGUAUUCACUCCAUCGACGCGUACGUCGGCCGUCAACAAGUCAUGUACACGCCUGGCUCAUCACCGCCCGUCAAUCGUCGCGCCAAAGGAAGCUCGAGGUUCAGAACAAAGCAGAACACAGUGUCUCAGUCGAUCAUGAUGCCCGCCAAUAUGCCGAAUUCCUCUCAGAUUCUCCCCGAGCGUGGAAGUCUACGCGAUGUUCAUGUACACUACAACAUUCCUGCCGACGAGAAGCAGAUUGUUGCGUCACUGCGAGCUCUUCAAGAGCAACUCGACAAUGCGCUGGUACAGAUCUCGGACCUUACUAAGGAACGCGACGAUGCGCGACAUGAGCUCAAGCGGCUUCGAGAGACUACAAAGAAGAGAACAUCAUUUGCGAAGCGAUUCGAUGAGGAAGAGCACUCUCACAUCGAGGAAGAGCUAUUCGAUCUGAGCAGAGUGUCAGACUCACCAAAGCUAUCUCCGCAGCGCAUUCAGAAGAGUACUGCCAGCAAGUCUACACAGAAGACCACAACAGACAAAAACGCUCGACUGAUCUCCCACAUCUCCUCUAAGAGAGUCGCCUCACACUCUCCCAACCACGACCGUCACAUGAGCAAAGACAACGACGACAAGCGCAGCUCCAAACGUGCCAUGGUCCAAGACACCGAAGAGAGCCUCAACGCCGACAUCACGGCUGCCUCUAACAUCUCGCGACGCCGACGUCCUUCUCUCGACGACAACAUGACUUCUGCCUACAUCAUACCUGAUAUCACCCUCGCCCUGAAGCACCAACAGCAACAGCAUGCUCAAGAGCAACAGAAGCGGAAGUCCUCCGAAAAAGCAGGCGCUCUAUCUACCCAAGCCCAAGCAAUCCUCCACGAGCACGACCCCCAACAUAUUGCUUCGUGCGAUGUCUGCCAACGCCUCACCCACACAAAUAAGACCAAGCCCACCAACGCACGAGCCAACUCCGAGCCUCCCAAAUCGUCCACCGCUAAGGCCGGCGAGUACACCGCCCAUCUCAACAUCAUGAUGCGCGACAUGGCUCUUGACGAACUCACCGCCCGCCCCAAGAUCCCGCCUACGCACGCACUGGCCCACAUGAAGAAGCUGCUGAAUGAUCAGUACGAGCAGGCGAAGGAGAAGCACGGCAUUGCGUGGGAGCGAUACGAUGCGAUCGACGCGCCGCAGCAGAGUAAGAAGCAUAGCGCUAUCGCGGAAGAUUUGAGGGUUCAUGCUGCCAAAAUGGAGGAGUGCAGGGUUAACCUGGACCAGUUGAGGGAUGUUGAGGAGGGAAUGAAGAGGAGUGGCUAA